AGCUCAGUACACAGAAAGUUAAGAGUUAUCUCAUGGGUGGAAAAGGCGCAAGAGAGCCCUGUAUUCAGACUGACCUUUAAGCACUCUCUUGUAUUCAGACUGACCUUUAAGCAGCAAGAGAGCCCUAAGCUUUUACAAUACAGUUGCAUAUUGAAUUGAUUUCCAAGCAUUUCAUCCAACAAUUUGCCAUGAGAGGAACAUGAAGAGGAGUUGGUGGACAUGCCCGAAUGACACCAACUCGCAUACGCGCUAGUGAAGGGUGCACAUGGAGUGGUCCAACACCUCAGUCACAACUGUGUAGGUGGACACGAAUGGUUGAGCAAAACUCAUCAUCGGAUGACUCAACACAGCCCCCGGAUAUGGUUUUGGGUACUGAGUUUCCUGAAAUUAGCAAUGAUCCAAAUACAAGGCUUGAGAACAAUGUGAACCCACCAAUGCGGAGGUGUCGUGGACCAGCUGGGUGCACUGAGUUUAUGAAGCUUCGUAAGCAUGAUCUCAUUCCUUUGCAGAUUAAUGAUGGUGAAAGGGCAGCAUCAUGUUCGAAUGCGGUGUUCUUUACAACAAGAGUAACAUGGAUUAUUAAGCAUCAUGCAACCAUGGUUCAAAAUAGUUGGGAUGUUGUAGAUGCACAAGAGAAAGAGGAGCUGAUCAAUCGUAUCAGGGCUGAUUUCAUCCUAGAUUGGAGCAAAAGGAAUCAUCGGGAGAUGGUCGAGAAGAACCUCGGGAAGAAGUUCAAUGACUUCCACUACCAGCUUCAUAAAAUAUACAAUGGCUGUACAACACACCAGGAGGCAUUACUGAAGACAACAUCAUUGGUGGAACCAGAUGUAUGGAAAAAGUUAUGUGAGAGAUGGGGGAGUGACGAAUUCAAGAAAAUAUCCAAUCAAAAUAAGGCCAAUAGGAAAAAGCAGCGUGUGAACCACACAGCAGGCAGAAAGUCAUUUGUGAGGUUAAUACAAGAGAUGGGUCCAAGCUCAAAAAACUUGGUAAACUUCUAUAGAGAAACUAGAUGGUCAAAGAAGAAAGGGGCAUUUGUCACUCCGAUGACGGAAACAAUCUAUAAUACGAUGAUUGAGAAGUUAGAUGAGAUCGAGCCUGAGGAGCGCACAUAUGAGGCUGCUAAUAAAAUAUUCAGAGAUGUGCUAGGACAUAGGUCUGGUUAUGCAAGAGGACUUGGUGGUUCAGUUAUACUCGAGCCUAGACCUAUAUAUAUGUCAGCAGAACUUGAGCACCUAGCCCAAGAAAAUGAGAAACAUAAAAAUGAGGCAAUGAUGUACAAGACAGAAUUGGAUGAACUGAAAAGGGAUGUAAGAUAAUUACUGGUUUGGCAACAAUCCUAUGACCAGAGGAUGAAUGACUAUGAAAUUGAAGGAGUGUCUAAUAGAGACACUCAAGGAAAUCUUUAGUUGGAUGGGUUUGUAAACUGGGAGUUUUUUGAUAUUUUGUUAAGAAGCAUAGUUGAACUUUUGCUUGCAUGCACAUAUGUUGUUUAGUAGUUGUCUUAGGUGGUGGUGCAGGUUUUUGAAGUUGGUUAUACUAGCUGGAAUGGCAGAAAAACAGAGUCAUGGGCAUAUAUUUGUUGGUCUACAGCUU